AAGAGCCUGCUAGUCCAUCCAAUGGAGGAGGUGAUUUAUUAAAAACAUUAGCAAAUGCAUUAAUGAAUCGUCAACAAGCUUUGAAUGAUUAUUCUGCUGAAGGGGAAAUAAAUAAAUUUGGACUUUUAAUUUAA